AUUACAGCUUGAGGGAAGAUUUAGUGACCAACACAUGUUGCACGCUCUUUCUCUGCGAGCCUUCUCCGACGGCGAGAAAAUAAAUACGGAAGAAUCUAUAGCACUGGAUCACUGGACGCAGGAUGACAAGGACUGAACCUUCAGGAUGGGAAUAUUGUUCACUAAUCCAACGUGGGAAGACUUUAAGUGAAAGAAGAGGAUCCCCUGCAUGACAGAGGCUGUGAUUUAAACAGACUUUACUCAAGGUAGAGCGAGCGGAAGGCGGGUUAAUGUGCUGUGAAUGGGACAGGAGCGUUGGACUCAAAUGAAGGGCUCAGGGAUGAACAGCACCCAAGCAAUGGCACCUCUGUCUCCAGGGCUGAGCGGCACCCCGCCGCGCUCCUCCCCGUCACCCAAGAAGACCACCUUUCAGUCUUUAGGAUCCCUGUCAUCGGGAGCGUUCUCCCCUUUGCUGACCAAGGGCUCCACCCAUCAGGCCAAGCAGGCGUCCAGUCCGUUGAAUUCAUCCAACCCGUCCAUCAUGAGCUCUCCAAAACUCUGGCAGAAAGCAUCGAUCUCUAGACUCGCUGAGGAGUUUUUCUGGAUCGGCGGCAGCGUGGUCGCACAACCCAAAUGGAGACUGGGCCAGAUAGUGGAGAGGUGUAUGUGCACCAUGCAGACCGGCACUCAGAUGACCAAAAUGAAGGGCAAGAAGAAAGGACUGGUCAGAUUCUUUUACCUGGACGAGCACAAGUCCUGCAUCCGAUGGCGGCCCUCCAGAAAACAUGACAAGGCCAAAAUAACUAUUGAUUCCAUCCACGAAGUCUGUGAGGGGAAAAGGUCAGAGAUCUUCAGGCGGUAUGCAGACAACCGCUUUGACCCAAACUACUGCUUCAGCAUUUACUACGGGGAGAGAGUGAAGUCUCUGGACCUGGUCUCCACCAACGCAGAGGAGGCCCGCACAUGGAUCACGGGGCUGACAUACCUCAUGGCCGGCAUCAGUGAUGAGGACAGUUUGGCCAGGAGGCAGCGCACCCGUGAUCAGUGGUUACAGCAGACUUUCUCCGAAGCCGACAAAAACGGAGAUGGCACCUUGAGCAUCGGAGAGGUUCACCAGCUGCUCCACAAACUCAACGUGAAUUUACCAAAGCAGAAAGUCAGGGAGAUGUUUCAAGAAGCAGACACAGACGACAACCAGGGCUCUCUGGCCUUUGAAGAAUUCUGUUUGUUCUAUAAGAUGAUUUCCACACGCAGAGACCUCUACCUGAUAAUGAUCUCCUACAGCAAUCAGAAAGAAGUCAUGGAUCUGCACGACAUUGCACGCUUCCUGGAAAACGAACAGAAGAUGCGAGGAUUGGCUAAAGAGUAUUUAAUUGACAUCGUGGCCCGGUUUGAACCAUGUCCUGAGAACCUGCAGCGUACGGUACUCGGUAUUGAUGGUUUUACCAACUACAUGAGGAGCCCUGCUGGGGAUAUUUUCAACCCUGAGCACAACCGUGUGAACCAGGACAUGACGCAGCCUCUGACUAACUACUUCAUCGCCACUUCACACAACACCUACCUGACGGGGGACCAGCUGCUGUCUCAGUCUCGCGUGGAAAUGUACGCCUAUGUUCUCCAGGCAGGCUGUCGCUGCGUGGAGGUGGACUGUUGGGACGGGCCUGACGGGGAGCCUAUCAUUCAUCACGGCUACACCUUGACAUCCAAAAUUCUCUUCAAAGAUGUCAUCGAAACCAUUAACAAAUAUGCCUUCACUAAAUCACCGUACCCAGUGAUCUUGUCCAUAGAGAACCACUGCAGUGUGCCUCAGCAGAAAAAGAUGGCUGAGUAUCUGCGAGAGGUGCUGCAGGACAAACUGGACCUUUCAAGUGUCAAUGUGCACGAAUCCAAGAAGCUGCCGUCCCCUGAGAUCCUGAAAGGGAAAGUCCUAGUCAAGGGUAAAAAGCUGCCAGCAAACCUUGAUCCUGAUGCAGAGGAGGGUGACGUGUCUGAUGAAGACACCGGUGAUGAGGAAGAGGAGGAAGGCGAAGAUGAUAAUGACGACUCACAGGAGGGGGGUAUCAUUAAUUCUAACAAUCAAACCAAAAAGAACACUCGAUUUGGCAGUUCCAUCAUGAGGAGCUUCAAACGAAAGGUUCGUCCUCAUGCUUGUUUUACAAACCUGUAUAAAGUUAUAGAAAAAUGUAAAAGGUGCUUUCGUUUUCAGAGAAAAAAGAGAAUCAGAGUAAGAAGCAAGACACUGUCUGAUGGCGAGUCUGACCAAAGCAGCAUCAAGGAGAGAACAAAGAUUGUUUACCAUCCCAAAAAGAGGAAAACAAUGAGGUUGUCCCGGGCUCUGUCCGACCUGGUCAAGUACACAAAAUCUGUCCGUGUGCAUGACAUAGACACACAAGCGUUCGCAAACAGUUGGCAGGUAUCGUCCCUCAACGAGACCGUCAUGAACCAGAUCUUACAGCUGAAGCCGGGGGAGUUGGUCCGUUUCAACCAACGGCAACUUAUGAGAGUCUAUCCCUCCAACUACAGAGUGGACUCGAGCAACUUCAACCCGCAACCAUACUGGAACGCAGGGUGCCACAUGGUUGCAAUGAAUUAUCAAACAGAGGGCCGAAUGCUUGAAAUGAACCAAGCCAAGUUCUCAAGCAAUGGAAACUGUGGAUAUAUUCUAAGGCCCAAGUGUAUAAGUAAAGCUUCCUUUAACCCCAUGUUGGAGGAUCCUCUACCAGGACAGAGGAAGACUCAGCUUGUGUUGAAGAUCAUCAGCGGACAGCAGCUUCCCAAACCCAAAGACUCCAUGUUUGGGGACAGAGGAGAGAUCAUCGAUCCUUUUGUUGAGGUGGAGAUAAUCGGCCUAAACGUAGAUUGUUCCAAGCAGCAGACCAGGGUGGUGGAUGAUAAUGGUUUCAACCCGAUGUGGGAGGAGACCCUCGUCUUCAACAUUCAAAUGCCACAGAUUGCCCUGGUGCGUUUCCAGGUGUGGGAUCAUGAUCCUAUUGGACGUGAUUUCAUUGGACAGAGGACUGUUGCCUUCAGGAGUAUGAUGCCAGGUUAUCGGCACGUGUACUUGGAUGGAAAGGCAGAGUCAUCCAUCUUUGUUCAUGUCGCUAUGAAUGAUAUAACUGGAAAGAUGAAACCCACAAAUGCGGUGCACGCAGCUAGAAAACACUUCCAAAAAGCAGCCCAGAAGCAUAUGAAGGGCCCCCAAAGGCAUCCGUCUCUGGACUUCUCUGUCCAGUCCUCAGAAGACGGACGCGGUUUGUUCUUCCGCAAGGAUCUGGAUACCAUUUCUCAGGACAGCAGGAAUGGUGAAAUAUUUCCUCUGCUAAUGGGCCCAGCAGCCAGGGCUGCCAUGCACAAAGGGGCCAUGAGUGAGCCAGUGAAGCGAAGCCACAGAGUUAAAAUCCAUGAACCACCAGAGACGAGGAGAGGGGUCUUCAGCCGGAUGUCCUCCACGGACUCCCACCACAUUGGGGCUGCUCCCUAUGCGAAGGCCGACAGCUUUGACUUUGAGACGUCGCCCCAGGGUUCUAGUUUCGAUCAGCCUGACAGCGAGGAUCGAAUUCAAGAAGAGUUAGAGAAUGAACCUGAUGAAUCAAACUGUCCCGAGCAGGAGACCGUUCAAAUGUUUGAACCGGAGCAGCCUGAACCAUCUGAGGAAUUACCGGAGCCCGACAGGGUCACUUCCAUUGGACCCGAGCAACCAGCCGAAACUCAAAGCCGGCCCGAUUCCCUCCCUCGGCCUCGGCCCGUCGCCCAGCACGUGCUCCCGCCUGAAACCUACUUCCCUCAACUCAUCCCUCCUUCGUCGCCUGCCAGGGUGAGGCGAACUUUAGAGGCUUCCUCUAGACCCCGACCGCCUACCAAUGCGCGAACGAAGGCCCGCUCGCGCAGCUGCCCUCGGAAGACGGCCGCCUCUCCCCAGACGCCGAUGAUGAGCCGGCAGCCUUCCGCCCACUGGCAGACACAGCGAGCACAAAACUACUGCAGCUACGGCAGCCAGGUGAGGCCCAUCCCCAACGGGCUGUGCCUGUCCGACAGCACCUCCGUCAGCAGUGGAGGCAGCACCGACAGCCGGGAGUUUGUGCCGUCCGGCGCGCUGGCCGGGACGGAGAAACGCGAGGGGACGCUGCAGAGGGAGAUGAAGGCCCUUUUUGACCAGAAGAUGAGAGAGAUCCACUGUAAAUCACCACUUUUUCAAAGUAGUGAGUCGUAGGGGUCAUUCAUGGAUGCAGAAGUUAAGUGAAUGUAUAAAGUCGUAGUUAGUGCUGUAUUUUAGAUCGGAUAAGAUUUGAGUCAUAUCUCCACAUAAAGACACAUAAAGAUGGAUCUGAAGUUUUUUUAAUAGACCAGUAGGACGACACCACGCAGAAUUCCUCGAUUAGACAGUUUUUUAUUGUUUUAAAAAGGCUGUAAUGUCAGCACAGCGUUCAAGCAUGAAAUCUUUAUUUUUAUUGUUUUUAUUAUCUGUAAUGCCAUUGCCAACUGUACAAAACAGCAUGUUAAUUUAGAAAACUAAGUAGGUACAUGAGCAUUAUUUGUUAGUCAGAUUGUUAGGUCGUAGUUACACGGAUCUUUUUAAUAAUUGUUUUUUAUAAUAUUCAAACAAUUGCUUUUUCAUUCAAAUUGUAGCAUUCUUACUUGAAAAUCAUAUUAAGGGAUUUUUUUUAUCUGAUGUAUCGUUACAACUAAGAAGAUUCAAAACCUACGGAUAAAUUAAUCUAUGUCAAAAUACUAAAAGUUCAAAGACAAGGAGAAGAUGCCUGUCAUAUCUCCCUUGAAUCAAGGUGAUAUAUUCAUAUUACUUGUUAAAACUACAUGUUUGCAAGAAUGUUCAUGCUUUUUCUUUAUCUUUGUCUACAUUUUCUUGGGGUUUGUUUGCAUUGCUGGUCCUCAAGCGCAGACUCAGCUCUUCAGUCAGCACCGUGCAGCAGGAUUUCUGUGGGAACGACAAAUAAAUAUAUCAUCCGUAAAAGAAAUCAAUGCAAUAAAAUGUUGAUGAAUUUAAUGUAAA